CUCUUUCUGCCUGGUGGGUGGUUCUGGUUGCUUUUCUCUAACUUCCCAGAAACAGAUGAAGCAGGAUCAGGGCAGCAGCUCCCCUGCUCUGGGACUUUCCAGGGGGAGAAAUUUAAGUGAUUUGGAAAAAAGGCGAUUCCUGUCCUGUCUGAGAACUGAGAAGAUGGAAGAAGUUGGGCAACUAUUGCCUGACUUCACCCAUACCCGGAUCCCCAGGCCCCAGCUUGUGUGGCAGCCAGUUCACUACCGCAGACACUGGCCGGACUCGAGCCUGGUGUUCAGAAAUCCCACUUUCCCAUGCAGCAUGAAUCAGUUUCCAGCAAAGAGCUCUUCCCAGUGUCAACCGCUGGAAGAUUCAAACUCCUGGCUCCCCUCCAUAGAGAGCCUUUCAAUGGAUGACUUUUGGAUGGAGGUGGAGAACAUGAAGCAGACUGAUGAGCUGAAGCAGGAAGAUGGUAGUAUUACUGAAGCCCAGAUCCCAGAGGAGGGUGAGGCAGAAGCCCAGUGGCUUCAGGAUACGGGCUUGGCUGACCUCAUUGGAGCCCCUACGCCGGACACUGAUAACAGAGCACUCUUAUCCACACUCACAAAGACGCAGGCGGCUGCUGUGCAACGGAGACUAGACACAUACACACGCUCAAUUCGUAGGAAAAACAAGCCACCAGUGAGAGACGUCAGAGACAUCUUUGGGACCUUUGAUUCUGGGGAGAUGUUAACAGAGAGAGUGGGUGCUGAAGAGAAAUGGACACAGCUCAACUCUAGGCCUGCAGAAUCCCCACCAGUGGCAGAUUAUCCAGGAUGUGUGGAAUAUCCUUGCCCAGUUCCCAGUUCUGGGAAGGAGGAAAUAUUCAGCACUGAUUCUGCAUAUUCGGAGCAAGCAGCUCUUCUGCAAAAAAGAACACUACCCCCAGAAAGCAAGUGGAUAAAGGGCAAGGGCUCACUGCCGAAGUUUAGAAUUCCGAAGGGAAGACUUGGAGUGACAAGAAUAGGAGACUUAUCCCAACAAGACAUGAAGAAGAUCCCUACAUUGGCCCUGAUUGAAUUGACAGCUCUCUGUGACAUUUUGGGACUGGACUUGAGAAGGAGCAAGGCAGGAAAAUGGAAGUCAACAGAGAACCAGCUCUUUGGAGUCCCUCUUAGCACUUUGCUGGAGACUGAUCAGAAAGUUGUCCCCAACACACAAGUCCCAUUGAUUCUACAAGCUCUGCUGUCCUGUUUGGAGAAGAGAGGGUUAGACACUGAAGGGAUUCUGAGAGUAUCUGGCUCCCAGACCAGGAUUAAGAUUUUACAGCAGAAGCUGGAGAGAGAUUUCUAUGCAGGUCUCUUCAACUGGGAUGAUGUCCAUCAAAAUGACGCGUCGGGCUUGCUGAAGAGGUUCAUCCGAGAGCUCCCUACUCCACUGCUUACGGCUGAGUACCUGCCUGCCUUCACCGUGGUACAGAAUAUCCCAGACCUGAAGCAACGAUUACAGGCUCUGAAUCUGCUCAUCUUAAUUCUUCCUGAAGCUAACAGAAACACUUUGAAGGCUCUGCUGGAAUUUCUCAGGAAGGUUGCUUCUCGAGAGAAGAACAAUAAAAUGACUUUGUGGAAUGUUUCCAUGGUGAUGGCACCAAAUCUCUUCAUGCAUAAAGGGCAGCCUCACAGAAUCCCAGAGGGAAAGGGGAAGCAGCUGGCCGAGGGUGCUGCCGAUGUCGUCCGGGCCAUGAUCCAUUACCAGGACCUUCUGUGGACUGUCUCCUCCUUCUUGGUUGCCCAAGUCCGGAAACUGAAUGAGUCCAGCAGCUGGAGGCAUCAGUUCUAUGACAGACGGAUCAAGAACUUCCUUAGGAAGAUUCACACGGACAAGGACAAGGGGAACAAGACCUCUGCGGAGCCAUCCAAAGUGGUGAAAAUCCAGGCUGCUCUGCUCCUGAAGGACUGCUUGGAAGUGCAUCUUCAUAACGGCACCAAAGCAGCUGAUGUGCUGAAGCAGUUCCAGAGGCACCUCUGCUCCAACAGCUGGAACGUCAUGAAUUCUGUCAGCCCCAUCCAAUGUAAUGGGCCGGUUGAAUCAUCAAAUCUACUCCUCUAUGAAGUCGGUGGAAACAUAAGUGAACAUUGCCUGGAUCCAGACACCUACCUCUUAGACCUGUACCACACCAACCCCCAUGGGGAAUGGGUCAUCAAACAGAGUCCCACCUUACCCCGAACACUUUAGGAGGGUUAACAAGGGUCAGAAAGAAAGAAGAGCAGCAGGAAGAACAUUUUUUCCUUUUGAGUACUUCCAGUGCCUUUAGCUGGAAGAUGUGCAGAAUUCAACCUGAAGGUGGGCAGAGAUGUGGAAGCUACAGAUCACUUCAUGUUCCAAAGAACCCAGCUGAUCAGCAGCACAGUGCCUGUCAUUAGUGAUGUGUGAAUAAUGCAUUUAGGUGGGCAGACAUCCUCCUGUACAGCAUUCCAGCCAAUAGUUGCCCAGAAACCAACCUGACAGUGAAAUCCUUGCUCAUUCUUGGGCAGUGACUCAUAGAAGAGAGAGAGAGAGAAUAAAGUCCUAGAAACUGCAAAUCUGAAAGAAAAUUGUGCAGCUGAGAAAGACAUUCCCAUUUUGGAAAGCUUUGUGGCUAUUGCUCCUAAGAACAGCUCCCUCAUCUUUCUAUUAGUCACGCGAGUUCUCUGCUCUUGGCAGAGAAGAGAUGCUGCUGCUCUGGGAUGCAGUAGUCUUUCCUAGACAAGAGUGCCCUACUCUCUUGUCUCCUCCAUCCUGCUCUGCAUUAGGGCAGUCAUCUUCAUCUGUUUCUGGCUGGACCCAGGUAGUUCUGGAGGGGAAAGUGAGGCAGGAGACCUUGCACAGACUCCCUCCCUCAAAUCCAAUUCACUUACGUAUCAUGGUCCUCUUCAGGAACUAAGGUCGAACAACACAUCCUACUAAAAGACUCACCCCCAGAAGGAGGAUGAGGCUGUUAACACUUAGUCAGCUUCCUCAGCUGCCUACUCUGACUUUCCCAAGUGAUUCUGUCCUUAUUCAUGAGAUUGUGGAGUCACUCCCCCCACAGUCAACAUUGGUCAUUGUCCAGGAAUCGAGUGGCGUGUUAGGGGUCUUUGAAGUUGUAUUUUGACCCUUUCUUGUCAGUUCAGUGACCCAGUAUUACUUUUUGCUUAAGAAGCAUCCAGUGUCUUAACUUUUAAAAAUUGUGUCUGAAGUCUGUUUCCCCCUUGGAAAUCCCUGCUCCAUAUCGGAGAUCUGCUCGGGAAUCUUUCCUUCUCUGACCCUGCUGACGACACUUGGAGAAGUCCAGUGCCCUGAGCCAUGUUGCCCUCCCCCCCUUGCCUCAGAACUGCCUACCUAUUGAUAGCUAAAUGCAUCUUGUGGAAUGUAGUUUGCUUUGGGGAUGUGAUCUUUGUGCCUUUCUGUUGCGGCCAUGUUACAAUCCCGACUCACUAUCUCCAAAUAGAGACAGGCAACGCCAGGGAAACUAGGCGCAGCCCCUCGUGGUUUUGGCCAGGUGGGAGAUGGGGGCUGGACCCUCCUGCCCUUGGCCUGUCUCCAGAUGGGGUCAGGGCUGAACGUGUGCCUCUGGCCAUGAUCGGGGAGGCCGAGGGGACAGAGUUCUCUACCUCGGCGCACAGUCACAACAUCCCACGUGGUUGUGAGAGGCCAGAGGUCGCAGCCUGGCCCAAGACCGAGUGGGUAGGAUGCAGCCCGGAGCCCUGGGGUUUCCUCCGGAAUGGCUUCGUGCACCAGGACGCAACUUUGGGCUUCUCUCACUUGCUCCUUAAGCAUCUCUGAUCCUUCUAACUCCCCUCUAUAGAUCAGUACUGUUUGCUCCAGACCACACGUCCAUAGGCUAUGAUCUUGCCGUGCUGAGAAUCUCUGGUACUUCUGGGCCUCCGUGAGUUUUAUCACUAUCCUUUGGGCUCAGCUGUCGCUUGUGGCCAAGAGAGAUGGGAACACGGAGCUUCAGGAACACGUCAAAGAGGCCAAGCUUUUUCGGGGACAUUGCUGUUAAUUUGAUGGUGCAGUAACUGGCCUGGGAUCCAAGACCCUCUGACAGGCCCCUUAACCUUUUCCUUUGUAAAUGGGGUUUGAGUGUGGUGGGGUUGGUGCUGGAUGAUCUCUGACGUCCCUUGCAAUCAUCCCUUGACCUCAAAUCAUGGAGCAGCGAUAGAGGCUAUUCUUGGGACAGAAUUUAAAUCGAAGGUGCCAGCACUAUGAGCACAGACAGGAGUUUUAGGGCUGUCAGAUUUGGUGCUGAAAGGAACCUUAGAAAUCAUUCUAUCCGAGGUCUUCAUUUUUUAUGAAUGAAUAAAAACAAGUUGAAAAAAGUGAGGUGACUUAUCCAGGCUUGCAGAGACAAGAUUGACACCCCGGGAUUCUUUCAAUAACCUUGCACAGGUGUUCCACCAUUUCUUAUUUCCUUGUUUGUCAGAAGAAAACGAAGAGGUUAAAAACCAAAACUUUUUGUUGUUAUUGAAUUUAUUUUCUUUUCAUUUUUUAAAAUUAUAUUUAAAAUUAGUUUCAAUAAUAAAGAUAAGAAAAAGUUUA